AAUUACCUUUGCCUAAUCAGCGGGGCCGUCCACCGCAUCACCAACCCUUCAAUCCAACUCGCCUCUUCCUCCUCCCCUACGACGCCGGGAAAUUCCUCCGCUCCGCGCCUCGCCUCGCCGCCUCGGCAUCCGCGCCCACUCGUCGCCGCCUCGCCGCCGUCCCUUCGCGUGCGCCGGCGCGCGGCGGCGGCGGAGGCCGCCUGGGGAGCGUUUCCGCGGGACGCGGCCAGACUGCAAGGGAAACAAUGGCGCGUAGUAUGAGGACAUGUUUGCACAGUGGAAGACUUGCGCUUCUUGCAAUACUGGUUUCUGGUGGAAUUGUAUUGCAGAUUCUGGCCUGUGCUCUGUAUAACAACUGGUGGCCAAUGCUAACAGUUCUUAUGUACCUCAUACUACCAAUGCCCCUCAUAUUUUUCCUGGGCUCCAACAGCCCCUCAAUGAUGUCUAAUGAUGGCGAUACUUGGGUGAGCUUCACAAAAUUCUUGACGGGCGCAUCGAUAGUGGGGAGCAUCGCCAUCCCGUCGAUCCUGAAGCAUGCCGGCGUCAUUGGAUGGGGAGCGCUCACGAUGGAGCUAUCUUCUUUCCUGGUCUUUGGCGUCGCGAUCCUGUGGCUGAUUCAAAUGAACAGCGAAGACGAGUACAGCAGCGCGUUCUGAUCGAUCGGUACGCCCCUUCUCUUGCCCGCGUGGUUAAUACCUUGCGAUGAAGCAGCCGUAAACUUGUGUACAGAUACUGUCGAAGCCUUGGCUCCUGUGGUCCCAUUCAGUAGCGUGAACCCUUACAUGUUCAGAUUGCAUGUACAAAUUUGAAAUUCGGUGUAAGAUGGUUUGGUUAUGUCCUCCGGCUGAUUUCAACUUGAAUCAUGAUUAGUUUUUGUGAUUUUUGUCGGUAUGAGAUGUUGAUGGACACUAGCUUUGCCUGCA